ACGGAGGAGGAGGGUGUUUUGUUUUUUUUGUGUGAGGGUUUCGAAUUUUUGGAAUUUUUCUAUCAUUUUUUCACCUGUAAUUAUGGAUUUGGUGCCGUAUUCGAUUUAAAAUCACUGCUGGGAUAUUUUAUAUCACCCUAGAACUGCUGUAUUAUGCGUUUAUAUUCUUAGCCUAUUGUGUAUUUAUAUUAAAUGCACCAUGGAAGCUGUUGUGAUAGCUGCCUUUGCUAUAUUAAUCGUUGUCCUGAUGAGCUCUACUGUUCUGCUGGUGUUUCUAUGUUGCCAGAAAAGCGUACGUAAAAGUACCACGAAGUACAUGAAGAGCCUUGGUUCCAAUAGUCGUUUCAUUAGUUCGUUAUUUAGGCCGAAGAACGUGCAAUUGAUUUCCGAAAGCUCGGAGGUGGAAUUAGGGGAGGUAUGCCUACAUCCAGAUAUCGAACAAAUCCUAUCCGACGAGCAAUGGAUCAACGAUGCGAGCGGUUUAAUGCCUCAUUGCUUAGCCAUACUGAAAUUAUGCCAUUUACUUACAAAUAGAAUCAUCGCGUUGACCAUGGCCAAUAUAAGUCAGCAUCGUAAAAAUAAUUUGGAAAGCUUUGUUCAAUUAGCUAAGAAAAUAACUCCUCGAGCAGACGACGUUGUUCGUAGCAUGUACGCACCUUUAGAUGCUCGACUCCUCGAAGCCCGUACCGUAGCUUUGGUGCUGUCAGUGACUCAUUUGGCACUAGCUAUCAAAUACAGUUCAUCUUGCUCACGAGAUACUCAAGAAUUGAUUGAUAAAGCUCUCUUUGACAUGGAUAAACAUUUAGAGGUGUUACGAGCUGCAUCCUCGAGUUACGAAUCUCUUUUACGAGCUCAAACAAGUGUGCCACAAGGACAUUUAAACGAGACUUUUGUUUACGAUUAGAUAAUCUCGCAUAUAGUAUUAUGAUUCGUCACAGUUAUCUUUUACAGAUACGUCACAUAUUUCUGUUACUGUUUGCGAGUCAUUGCUCUCAAACGUUCAAUAAGACUGAUAGUGGGUCGUUCUCCUAACUUCCUACGUUAUUUUUGACAUCAUUGAUGCAGCAUUUCCAUGUAAACGUGUAAUUCUCCGGUGUCCAAUGUGAACUAAAUAAGUUUCUUUUUUUUUACAUUAGCUUUAGAUUAAGCCUGAAGUAUUCCAAGUAGUAUUUUUUAAUUACGUAACCGAUUCUGAAUCUGUUAUCAGUGCAAUUUUUAUUGAAUAAUUUUGUUUUUAUAAAAAUAACUAUGUACGAUCUGACUGUGAUCUGGUAUUAUUUUUUAACUUGGUUGUAGAUCUCACAAAGUUGAAGAUGAAACUUUUGUCACAAUAUAAAAUGCAACAAUUCGAGUGCCAAUUAAUUUAAACGUGGCAUUUAUAGUAUAAGUUGUAGGCAUUUAAAUAAAAAGUAAUUUAUUGCUCGUAAUAA